CUAAUUAGUGGUUCAUUCUUUCAAGUACUGUAACUAUCAUCUGCAAAGCUCCAGCACGUGCGGUAAUAUCUAACGACCUACUAGGUUUCUUUACAUCGCGUGUCUCAUGAAGGAGCCACCGUUGAAGAGAAAAGUUACCGCGAAACUCGACUACAAUGGCGGUCAUGCACCUCUCCGUUUUAAUUCACCAUCUAGACCAGCAUCACCGACAAAGAAACCGUUGCAAUCAUCUCUCUCGCCGCCAGGCUUCCGUCCGACAGCCAAGGUCAGCUCCAAUGCGACCAGUGCCCGGAGACUGUCAAGUUCGGCUUCAUUGAAUAACAUCAACAAAGUAACACACUCUCGACCUGGGUCGCCUUCGAAAUCAGCCCAAAGUUCCAGUCCUUCCAUAGUCACGAAUCCUGUCAAAGCUCGCGUUACGGCGCGGCCCGCAUCCAAGUCUACCACCACAUCUCCUGUGUCCAGUACAUCUCCUCUAGAGUCGCGUCAGCGAUCAUCCACUACUAUUGUGUCAAAGCUACAAAUUCCGCCCCAGGAAGAUCGACCACGUAGCGGUAGUGUUGCCCUACAUCAUGCUCAAUCUACUUCGGCAUUACAGAGGAAUUCACCAUCACCCCGAACUCCGCUCCCUUCCGAACUUCCACUCGUACGCGUCGACCAAGACCGUGCCAGUGUAUCGCCAUCGGCUCCAAUCAAGAUUAAAUCCAAGGUUUCUGGGUUAGCCAAAUCUAAUAGUAUCGAGACAGAUCCCGCUCGCUCGUUAUCCCCACCAUGGGUUACCACUAGGCCCAUUCAUUCAAGACCACCCAUACCUUCACUUUCCUCAAGCUUCUCAUUAAACGCGCCUCCAAGUCCUCCUGAUUCGACUACAGUACCGACUUUCUAUCCCAUAACAACCGCAGCUCCUGCUGCUAAUCCCCAUAGAUACCCCUCGCCGCGGCGCGACCCCUCACCUACACUCUAUCCAUAUCAAACAUUCACUCCACCUGAAGGACCUUUGAAAGCAGCCAGGCAGGUCCUGAAAGCUAAGGUCGAGCCUGCCUCUAUUCCUCUUCCUCCACAUUCACCAUCAAUAUCCGCAUUAUCAUUAUCUUCAAAGUCAUCUGUGUCUAGAAGCUCCUUGUCUCUGGAUCCUUCUCAUGCAAGCGCGCCAACGCUUAACUCUCACACGAACAAGCGUUCGGAUACUGAAUCUGCUCGAGCCAAUCGUUCUAUUCAAAGCGAUCAUGACGACACCAUUUCGCCUACAAUCAAUGGUCGACAAUCUAGCCAAGAUCGGGAUAGCGACCUUGACUCCGAAAACUCGGAACACAAGGCGAGGGCCGCAGCCAAGUCUAAUCGAAAGAUUGCCGACUUGGAAAUAACGAAUAAAUCCCUGCUUCUUAUCAACACAUCACUUGAAACUACGAAGAACCGUCAAGCUAAAGAAAUUCGAGACCUCAAGCGGAAACUUCGUGAAUCGCGACUUAUUCUUCCCCCUAGAGCAUUCAGGGCCGUUGAGUCCCUUGCUCGCGAAGAGCAAGCACAAGAAGAAGGGGAGGAUAAUGAUAGUGAGGAGGAUGAGGAUGAGGAUGGGCCCGACGAGGCUUAUGCAAGGGUGAAGGAUAUGCUAGAGGGCCUUUUGGAAUCAGGCAGGAAAGCGUUGGAAAAGACUCCCGACGAUUUUCGGCAGGGCCUCUUCGCAAAGGUCCUGAAUGCCGAUGAAGUCCGCUCAUGGAGAGAUUCAGGGCAGGAAUCUGACGCCGUCCUUGAUGGCCACAGCAGAGGGGACGGUAGGGAGAUCCAGGCUACAACCCACCUCUCUCCCUCACACGUUGCUGUGCCUGACAGUGAUGAUGAUGACUUCUCGGAGGACGAAGUCGAACGGCUAACCUUGGAAUCAGAUACGCCACCACCCAGGCAUUUGCCUCCAAUCAGGAUUGCUCCUUCAUAAGUUUAUGGCGUCACGUUUAUCACGCUCUACGUCCUGCAAUGCUUCAUUAUGUAGACCUCGGAAAUCAUAUUUUGAUACCCCACAAGCAUUUCACUAACAUUUCGCGUCCCUAUCGCAUUAUCCAAUAUGUUU